AUGGAUUACGCACGGCUUCGUGCGCAAGCCUUGAGCAAUGGUGACGACGAAGAAGCGGUCACUGUCGAUACCCGCGCCCUAAUCGACAAGGUCUUGGCGAGAUACUCUGGGGAGUGGACGACCCUCCGAGAGCUGAUCCAGAACGCCGCCGAUGCACAAGCUACCACAGUCAAGGUCAAGUUCGAGACAAUACCCUCGAUCAGCGUCCCGCUUCCACAGACGACGAACCAGUCCGAGCUGCUUAAACAUGCCGUCCAGAACCAUACCCUCCGACGAUUGGUGGUGCAGAACGAUGGCCAGCCGUUUACAAAGACAGACUGGGCGAGACUGAAGAGGAUUGCGGAGGGAAACCCGGAUGAGACCAAGAUUGGCGCUUUUGGGGUUGGGUUCUACAGUGUCUUUGCCGACUGCGAGGAGCCAUUUGUCAGCUCGGGGAGCGAGGCGAUGGCGUUUUACUGGAAGGGGAACGCGCUGUUUACGAAGAAGUAUUCGCUGCCGCAGGAGCAGGUGACCAAGGACACGGCUUUUAUUCUGGACUACAGGAAUACGACGACGCCGCUGCCGAAUUUGCUGUCGGUUAGCCAGUUCCUUGCUACCAGUUUGACGUUUGUUGCGUUGGACAGUGUGGAGUUUUGGAUUGAUGACUGGAGGAUAUUGUCACUUCAGAAGAAGUCGUCGCCAAGCUUGGGGGUUCCUAUUCCGAGGGAUUUGGAGACGAGAGCACAGGGGGGGCUUAUGAAGCUGAAGGCGGCCGGCCGCACAAGCACACAGAUUGAUGGGACGUUUAUGAGUGUUAUCGGGUGGAAGCCCCAGGCGGUUGCGGCCAAUAGGAACAAUGAGCAGCAUGUUUCUGAGAUGCCCUCACUCAGGAGUUUCUUCUCGAAGCUUACUUCGGCUACUUCCCAGGCGGCGGGACUGAGAGGAAAGGCUGCUAGGGAGGAGCAGGUUGUACAGGAUUCCAUUGCCGAGGAUCUCACGGCUUUGUCGACAUCGACCAUUUUUCUUCGGGUUACUGCAGCUACGAUCGAGACGAAUGUUGGUGCCAACUUUUCUGCUGAGCUAGAGCGAGCUACCAAGAAACCGCCACCUAAGGAGACGAAGUUGUCGAUUUUGACUUCGUCGUAUGAUGAGACUGUUGCGUCGGAGAUGUCUGCCUCCAGCCAGGCUGCCAAGGUGGCCGAUAUCUUUGCGUCAGUUUUGCCUAGCAAGAAGCCGGGUGGUCGUGUCUUCAUUGGUUUCCCAACUGCCCAGACGACUGGUGCUGGUAUGCAUAUUUUUGCGCCCUCGGUUAUCCCGACUGUCGAGCGCGAGGCUAUCGAUCUGAAUGCUCGAUGGGUACGGACAUGGAAUCAGGAUAUGUUGCGCGUGGCAGGCGUUCUUUCCCGUCUCGCUUUUAUCAACGAGAUGGCGGACCUGGAUGAGAAGCUCAAGCGACUGUCUACCGACAACAAAAAGGGGCCACCGCUGGCUGAUGUGGAGAAGUUCGCGCCAGAGGCUCUCCAUAUCCUCAAGACAUACACCUUUUUGGACUCUACGCCUAGCGCUCAGGUGGGCGAGCUCAUUGAAGAGGCUUUUUGGACUGCCUGGAAGCGUCCUACGAUUGAGGUGUUUUCGUCGAGAGGUGUCCUGUCCACCUCCAAGGUCCGAAACUCGUCUGAGGUGGUCAGCAAGUUUGUUGGAGGAAUUCCGGUUAUUCUAAACUCGAUGAAGAAUGAUCUGUUCAUCAAAAAGUUGAUCGAGUUUGAGCUGAUCAAGGAUGUCACCGUUGACGAUAUCUGUCAAGAGCUGGGCUCAAAGGCGAUGGACAAGGACCAGCUUCGACAUUUUAUUCAGUGGAUUUCGAAUGCCGCUGCCGCUGUAGAUUAUUCUCAGCCCGACCUUAGACGACUCUUGGAUGUUGCUGUCGCGACUGUUAGUGAGGGUGGUGACUCGGGUGAGAUAGUCACACUGGGCACGAUUUUGUUCUACCACAACAAGAACAUUCCUGCGACGCUCCCAGUGCCGCCGACUUGCUUGCCACAUGCCUUUACGGCUGGUAUUCCUGAGGUCAAGCUUCGCGCUCUCGGGUGGGAGCCUCUGGGGAUUGUGCCGUGGCUUCGGUUUUUGAUUGAAUCUGCCGGACAAAAGGAGGAGCAGAAUCUGAUGAAGAAUGCUUCGUUCGCGGUUCAGGUCUUGACGGUGCUUUCAAAGAGCUGGGAUAACCUCAGCCCAAGCUCAAAGUCCUCGGUCGAGUCGGCGUUGCGGAACAUCACGGUUAUGCCGACCAAGAUGGGCAUGAAGAAGCCAAACGAAGCUUUCUUUCCCUCUGUCAAGUUGUUUGAUGAUCUGCCAACGCUCGAGGGGUGUGCCAAUGUCAAGGAGAAAUUCCUCACGACCCUUGGAGUGAGAAAGACAGUUGAUCUGGACACCAUCUUCACGCGGCUGUUGAGUCCAACACCUACUUCUGCCGGAGGAGCCGCGCCACGAUGGAGCCAUAUGGAACUUAUUCGGUACCUUGCUUCGGUCGAAGCUGAUAUCCCUGCUGCUGACUUGAAGAAGCUGAGAGAGUCAGCUCUCUGCCCUGCCGAGGAUGGACCUCGUGGCAUGGAGCCCGCAAAGGGCACGUCACGUCUCUACAAGGUUUCUGAGCUAUUCGAGCCAAAGGAUACGCUCCGGGCUUUGCGGUUGCCUAUUAUCCAAUGGCCCGGACCUCCAGGUAGCUUCAGGGCCACCAGCAAAGAGGGGCGAUUCCUCGCCACGCUUGGUCUGCGACCUUAUCCUUCGGUUUCUGAGUUGGUGGACAUGAUGGCUUCAACAGACGAGGAGCUUCGGAGAAAAUCUAUGACCUACUUUAUUCAGAACCACUCGGUCAAUGGGUAUGCUGUCUUUGACAUCUCCAAGACUCCCAAGGCUAUCCUCCCGAUUGAGGGUGAUGAGAAGGCGCUGGUUUCCCCAUCGCAGUGCUUUGUCAAUGAGCGGGCUUCUGUUCUUGGUCACAAGAUCCUCCGGAGACAGCUUCAUGACCAUGCGCCGAAGUUUGGUGUUCGGCGCGACCCCGACAUGGCGCGUUGCGUCGACAGGCUUUUGGCCAACCCGCCCAAGGACCGCAGUAAUGCUAUUGCUCUCUUUGAGUACUUUGCCAGUCGGCUCGCGGACCUUGACAUGAGCGCCCUGGCAAAGCUGAAGAAUGCUGCCAUCGUCCCGGUGGUGAGAAAGAAGGGCACAUCGUUUGGAUUCGGCACCAAGGCAGAGGAGUCGAUUGUCUAUGUCAAGCCCCAGAACUGUUACCUUGGAAACUCGACCACCUACGGGGACAUUUUUGACUUUGUUGACUUUGGUCAGAACGCCAAUGCGUUCUUGUUCAAGUGCGGGGCGCGGACGGAGCCGACAAAGCAUGAGAUUGCCACGCUGGCGUGCAGUGAGCCGGCCCGGCUGCUGAGUGUGAUGCAGAGUCCGGAUAGGUAUCUGAGUCUGCUGAGAUCGCUGGCUGAUGACUGGAGCACGUUGAGGAAGGAUAAGGAGUUGAUUAGGAAGAUGAGGUCGUCGGCUUGGUUGCUGGGGUCGAUGGAGUUGGCGACUAGUAAGCCGAAGGAGUCGGAUGAUACGAGUUAUGAGGAGGAGGAUGCGCCGGUGAAGCAUUAUGUACUGGCUGCGCCGGCUGAUAUUGUCAUUUUGGAUGAUUACAUCAGUUACAGGCUCUUUAAAGAUUCGCUGCUGUGUGCGCCGGAGGAUGAAGCCCUUGAAGCUUUUUACCAGGCACUUGGGUCCGAGAACUUGGGGAGUCGAGUCAAGGAGCAUAUUCUGGUUGGCACCAAGAGAUCGAGACAGGAUGGAGCAGAGUGGCUGAGAAAGCAUGUGAUUGAGCGGUCCAAGAUCUUCUUGCAUGAAUAUGCGAAGGACAAGCGGGAGCUGGUCAAGAGGGAUGCGAAGUGGUUGGAAGCGAAUCUUCAGGUCAUUUCUGUGUCUUCGGUUGGACUGAGGCGGUCGCUUCAGGGACACAACAAGUAUCAUCAGGAGAAGCGCUCUGCGGCUAGCACCCAGGGCGACAACUGCUGGAUCCUAUAUGUUGCGGCUGAACAUAAAGAUGAUAAGCCGGACAUGUACCAGGUCGGGCAGGCCAUCUGCCAACUUUUGCUCAACAGGCCGAAUCAGUCGGCCUACUUCUUUUUUGAGCCGUUCCUGAAGCUUGGGUUGCUUCAGUUACGGGAUCGUGGGUACAAUGUCGAUCGUAUCCUGCGUGCCAAGGCUGCUGAGGCCAGAAUCGCGGAGGAAGCGAGACGCAAGGCUCUCGAGGCAGAACAGAGCAAGAUUCGGGAGCGGGAACAGGAGUGGGAACAGAAUCGUGCGGCAGAGGCUGCGCGUCAAGAGAUUAAGACGCCCACUCGUGAUCAGAUGCCUGGUGCCUUCCACGAUUCACCCGAAGAUGACCAUGCUUUGGCUCCUCCGCCGCAACAACAGAAAUACAGAAGGGGCUUCUUUUCUGAUUUGACCAGACGGCUGGGACUGGACACCGGGGAUGACGGCGAGCAACAAAGGCAACUCGAAAACUUUGCACCUCCCUCCCAACCUGAACGAGACACCAAACGCCCUGUCUCCUCUGGAGAAAACAAAACCCGCAAAGCAGACGACGGCCGGGUCACCUCCCCAGCAGUCGUCCAGCAAAACCUGCUCAACGCGAUCAACUCGACCCGCGCUCACGACUCGACCAGCCUCUUCUCUCCCCCUACCGAGAGGGAAGUCAAAGAAAAGGCUGUCUACUGCGACACCACCCCGGCACAAAACAUCACUUUCGCGGCGGAGGCCCCCCGCGGAAUGCGAGUCUUUAUCUCCAAAGACAUCUCCACUGACGCCUCAACCUUUUUGGCGAACAAUAUCGCCGAAAUCAAGCAGUUUGAGCUGUUGCUGAGUGACUGCGGGGAGAUUUACCGGUUGCCGGCGAAGGCGCUACAUAUCUUUUAUGAUGAAACGGGUGGGACGAUUGCUUUUAAUGCGAACGGGAGUGUGUUUUGCAAUUUGAGGUUUUUUAACCAGCUUCAUCGUGCUGUGGGGGAUAAUGGGAUAGGGGUGGGGAGGGAGUUGAAGGGGCAGAAGAGGGUGGAGGCUACGACUUGGUGGUGGGUUGUGUUGGCGCAUGAGCUGGCGCAUAAUCUUGUGAGGGAGCAUGAUGCGAAGCAUAGUUAUUAUACGGAGAGCUUUAUUCAGCAGUAUUUUCCGAGCAUGAUGGCCAAGGCUGUGGGUUGGAUGGCUGAGGGUGGGAAUGCUGGGAGUGCCUCCGGGGGUGGUUCGGUUUUGCCAUCCUCGGGGAGACAGCAGGGUGUUCCUAGGGCUGGUACGCAGCAGAGCACCGCUAGUACUGCUGCUGCUGCUCCGCCGCCGCCGUAUACCGAGGGACGGUUUGCGGGGGCAGCAGCCGAGUAA